AUGUUCUUCUUCACCAAGACCAAAACCCCUUCGAUCCCUCGCAAAGUCUCUCAAAUCUUCACAUCCCCCAAAAAAGAAGAAACAUAUGAGCGAAGGCUCGAUAUAACCAUGAGAAAUGGGGGGGAAGAACGUUGGUCUGUACCAACCCAUGGAGUGGCUAUGUUCGACACACAAUGCGAGCACAACCUGGUCACCACCAAGUUCCUCAAGGAAAUCGGCUUCGAGUGGCAGCCGUCCACAGACGAUACCCAAAUCACCCAGAUGAACAAUACCAACAUCAAAUGUCUGGGUGAGGUCCAAGGAAGAUGGUACCCGAUUGGCGCUCCAAAGCGCCCGUGGUACCUGGCUGGUGUUCCAAAGCGUCUCCUAAAGGGCUUGAACUUCCGACCACGCUAUGAAAUCUGCACCUUCAAGAUCGUUGAUCUGCAGACGUUCGACCUCAUCAUCGGGCGCACCACCAUCAACGAUCUUGGACUGUUACAGACAAAUCGCAGCUUCUUUGGUGCAUUCCGUCCAGUCCCCAUUCGCGUCGACUCAGCUAGUACGACUACUAAGAAGCAGCAAGAAGCAGAUGAGCGCAGAAAGAAGGCAGAAGAGGAUAUGCGGAAGCGUGAAGAGGAGAAGGUAUGUCGCUGUUGUGACUAUACCAAGAAUAUAGUACUGACCUAG